AACAGUACAAAGAAAACGCCAAAUACUCCCGCUACUAGAACAACAUACAAUACCGUUGACCGUUUAGUACACCUACAACAGAUUCCACAAAUGUUUGAACGAAAAGGACAACACGACAGGCUAAAAGUAUUAGGACAAGAGCGAACAAUUCUUUGUAAGUAAUUUAAAACAGACUACAAAAAUGUAAAUUUAAACACCUUUAUGUUUGUAAAAUUGUUUUAUGUGUAACUUUAUAUGUCAAAUACGAGUCCAAUUAUUGUCCUUAUUGUGAAUAAAUUAUAGAUCCCUGAAGAAGGUCCCAAACCAGGACCGAAACGUCGGAGCGAGAACAUUGUAGUUCGCUUAAUUCUUUAAUAAGACUGCCGAGCCAUUACAAUUGAAGAUACCAGGUGACAUCCAGUCGAAAAUACCGCCCAAAUACCAGGAACCAUGGCCAAUAUUUCCGGAAUCAGUUUCUACCAUCAACUUCAAGACGCAUACGGCCAUGAUAUCGUGAAAAUGUUCAAGGAGUAUGCAAACAACAACAGAAAAUUGGCGAACGCAAUAACGAGAAAGGAGUUCCUAAUCCGAUGCCGCAGCAGCGGUUUGGUCCCAAAUCACAUCAUCAACACGUUCAAAUGCACUUUCUCGUUACUCGAAGCUCAAAGUCCUUAUACUGGAAAGCUACAAGGAAUCCUAGACCGUUUCCAGAGGUCUGUACUGAACGUCGAAAUACAGAACACGUUCAACAAAAUCAGUAAGCUCACGUCCCAACAAUCCGUCCUCAAGCAACAUAUCAUGAGUGCAACUCCUGGUGGCACCCACGCGCAGUUUCUCUUCCUUCAAGAAAUCGCGUAUCAUUCUACACUCAACAAUAGCAGACGACGUACGGAUAAGAAGUACAAGGCGUUACUUGACCGUACAACCACCACACACACGGGUCCGUCGUUGAACCAAAAAGCGAUCCUGAAUGCCACUGAUGUCAGCCUGCCCAAAGAUAUGGAAGUCUUAUUAAGCCUGGGUCCAAAAUUUGCGGUAGAGCCACGCAGAACACCUAUAUCGCAAUACUUUCAUCUCAUAGCGGACGUGGAAAGUAUCAUCAACAGCAACCCGGACCGAUCCACCCAGGAGAACACCAGGGCUGGAGUGGUUAAUAUCAUCCAAAACCACAUAAAUCGAUCAGGUUCAGGCGAUACGCUGUCAUCUACGAGGAAAUUCUGUACCAAAGCUAUGAAAACUGCAGAAGCAUUCCUUAAACAACACCCAGAGAUUUGCAUCCUGCAGUCAGACAAAGGGAACCGGACAGUGGUCAUGAGAUGCGAAGACUACGUUGCGAAAAUGAACCACUUACUAGCAGAUACCUCGACCUACGCUACGAUGACGUCAGACCCCACAAGCAAACUACAAAAACAAAACAACAACUUCGUCACCCGGCUAGCCGAUUUGGAUUUAAUCGACGCAAAAACAGCCAAACGUUUGCGAACGAACACAGCAGUAUGCCCACGAAUUUACGGCCAACCAAAGGCGCACAAAGCUGAUUUGCCAUUGCGUCCCGUGGUCCCUACGAUGACAGCACCCAACUACCAACUCACAAAGUACAUCGCGAACAUCCUCCAAACAUCAAUCUCCGUCCACUACAGCAUCAACAGUUCGUUUGAAUUCAGCCAAUUCAUGAAUGAAUGUACGAUUCCCCCCGGCUACAUCAUGGUAUCGUUCGAUGUGGUCUCACUUUUCACCAACAUUCCAUACGAACUGGUGAGAAAGGGAAUCAUCAAUCAAUGGGAUAACAUCAAAACAAAAACCACAAUCAACCUCGACCUCUUCUUGGAAAUCGUCCAACACUGUGUUGAAUCCAGCUAUUUCAAGUUUGGAAAUCAACACUACAAACAAAUAGCUGGUAUGGCUAUGGGAAGCCCACUAUCACCCGUCUUGGCAGAAAUUGUCACAGACGCACUGAUAGAAACGGUAGUCACAACACUACACAUCAUGAUCCCGAUCAUCAAGAAAUACGUCGAUGAUCUGUUUCUUUGCAUACCGCAAGAGCAAAUUCACGAUGUUCUGCAAGCGUUCAACAGCUACCAUCCCAAACUGCAAUUCACGGCAGAGGUAGAAGAAAAUCAGCAACUUCCCUUCCUGGACGUGUUAGUCAUUCGGCACGAGAACCAAACGUUCUCAACCGAUUGGUACAAAAAACCGAUCGCAUCGGGCCGAUUUUUGAACUUCCACUCCAUGCAUGCAAUACACCUAAAAACAAAUGUUGCACACAACCUCAUUGAAAGGGUAAACAAACUUUCGACGAUCAAAACACAGGAGGAGAAGAACCAGACGAUCAGAGAGGAACUCCAAGCAAAUGACUACCCCAUAACACUAAUCAACAGAAUGAUCAACAACAGAAACAUGACACGAACACGGACGGAACAAACCAAUAAUGAUGAGACGAUAUACAGAUCAAUCCCAUACAUCGACAAGCUUUCACCGCUGAUAACGAAACACAUACAACAGACAGGGCAAUAUGCAAACAUAAAAAUAUGUCACUACAACAACAACACGAUGCAAGGGAUGUACACGCGCAUGAAAGGGACAACCGAAAAGCAGCAGAGGAGCAACGUCAUAUACAGCCUAAGAUGUCAACAAUGCGAAGCUAUGUAUGUAGGGUUAACUACGAACAAACUACAGACACGACUCUACGGACACAAAUCGGACAAAAACAAACUCGAUAAAAUUAUGGACAUGCAAGAUGACGACUACAAAAAGAUACAACUUGACCAAUGGAAAGAAAGGACGGCUAUAAUGCACCACAGCGCAACGACAGGGCACACAUUCGACUACUCCAACCCAACAAUACUAGACACCAGCAAUAAACCAACGAGACUUCCCAUCCUAGAAAUUUGCCACAUUCUGACGACGAAAAAUAUAAACAAACGGACCGAUACGGACGGGUUAAGUAUUAGUUAUACAGGAAUCAUGCACACACUAAAAAAGUACCAUCACCACAAUAACACUAAUAGCAAUAGACCAAACACAUCACUAACACAAACACAAAAUCAGAAUCAGGAACCAUCUUAAAAAACUGGAAAACAUUAGACUCGCCUACACCCGACAGUGAAACAGUACAAAGAAAACGCCAAAUACUCCCGCUACUAGAACAACAUACAAUACCGUUGACCGUUUAGUACACCUACAACAGUGAGUAGACGAUUUUAUAACACAGACAAUUUGAAAUUAAGAUUAUAACACAAAAUAGGAUUCCACAAAUGUUUGAACGAAAAGGACAACACGACAGGCUAAAAGUAUUAGGACAAAAGCGAACAAUUCUUUGUAAGUAAUUUAAAACAGACUACAAAAAUGUAAAUUUAAACACCUUUAUGUUUGUAAAAUUGUUUUAUGUGUAACUUUAUAUGUCAAAUACGAGUCCAAUUAUUGUCCUUAUUGUGAAUAAAUUAUAGAUCCCUGAAGAAGGUCCCAAACCAGGACCGAAACGUCGGAGCGAGAACAUUGUAGUUCGCUUAAUUCUUUAAUAAGACUGCCGAGCCAUUACAAUUGA